AGUACUAAAAAUUAAACGACACUUCUCCUCUAAAUCCCUUUUUUUCUCUCUCUAAACUCUCAAUCACAUUACAGAGAUACACACACAACACAACACAACACAACACUCUCUCUCUCUCUCUCUCUCUCUCUCUACGGUUCUCUCUUUCUCUGUUCAUCCUUGAAUCGAUUCGAUUUGUGAAGUUCUGAUUGGAGAUUAAAGCAGAUCUGGACGGAGUAGAGUCAGAUCGGAAUCGUCGGUAGGUAAUAUGGAGGAAGCUUUAGAAAUGGCGAGGGCCAAGGACACGAAGGAGCGCAUGGCCGCUGUGGAGCGGCUGCAUCAACUUCUCGAAGCUUCUAGGAAGAGUUUGAGCCCUGCGGAAGUGACGUCACUUGUCGAUUGUUGUUUGGAUCUCCUCAAGGAUAGUAAUUUUAGAGUCUCUCAAGGUGCGCUACAAGCGCUUGCUUCUGCCGCCGUGCUCGCUGGUGAGCAUUUGAAGCUUCAUUUGAAUGCGCUUGUUCCUGCUGUUGUCGAGCGCCUUGGUGAUAGUAAGCAACCCGUUAGGGAUGCUGCUAGGCGCUUGUUAACCACUCUUAUGGAGGUUUCGUCUCCGACGAUUAUAGUUGAAAGAGCGGGUUCGUAUGCUUGGAUGCAUAAGAGUUGGAGAGUUAGGGAAGAGUUUGCGCGUACUGUUACAUCAGCUAUUGGUCUUUUUGCAUCUACCGAACUUCCUCUUCAGCGUGUUAUUCUUGCUCCGAUACUUCAGAUGUUAAAUGACCCUAAUCAAGCUGUUCGGGAAGCUGCAAUUUUGUGCAUUGAGGAGAUGUAUAUGCAGGGUGGGUCUCAAUUUCGAGAAGAGCUUCAGCGCCACCAUCUUCCAUCAUAUAUGGUGAAGGACAUUAAUGCUAGACUAGAACGUAUUGAGCCACAACAGCGUUCGACAGAUUCCCGUAGUGGUCACCAUGUUGUUAGUGAGGUGAAGGCAUCAAGUGUCAAUCCCAAAAAGAGCAGUCCCAGGGCAAAAGCUCCCACGAGAGAAAACUCUUUAUUUGGGGGAGAUGCCGACAUCACUGAAAAACCCAUUGACCCCAUCAAAGUGUACUCAGAGAAGGAGUUGACACGAGAAUUUGAGAAAGUUGCUGCAACACUCGUCCCAGAGAAAGACUGGUCAAUGCGUAUUUCAGCUAUGCGGAGGGUUGAAGGACUUGUUGCAGGAGGUGCGACUGAUUACUCUUGCUUUCGAGGUCUCCUGAAGCAACUUGUUGGUCCCUUAAGUACUCAAUUAGCUGACCGGAGAUCUACCAUUGUCAAGCAGGCCUGUCAUCUCUUGUGUCUCUUAUCAAAAGAGUUACUGGGAGAUUUUGAAGCAUGCGCUGAGAUGUUUAUUCCAGUGCUUUUCAAGCUGGUUGUGAUCACUGUACUUGUAAUUGCAGAAUCUGCUGAUAACUGCAUAAAAACGAUGCUGCGUAACUGCAAAGCUGCCCGUGUACUUCCUCGGAUAGCUGAAUCAGCGAAACAUGACCGAAAUGCAAUUCUGCGAGCAAGAUGCUGUGAAUAUGCAUUGUUAACACUCGAACAUUGGCCUGAUGCUCCAGAAAUUCAGCGAUCCGUUGAUCUAUAUGAAGAUCUGAUUAGAUGCUGUGUUGCAGAUGCUAUGAGUGAGGUACGAACAACUGCUAGAAUGUGCUACAGAAUGUUUGCAAAAACGUGGCCUGAUCGUUCUCGUCGUUUGUUUUCCUCCUUUGACCCUGUCAUACAAAGGCUAAUAAAUGAAGAAGAUGGUGGGAUUCAUAGGAGACACGCCUCACCAUCUGUCCGUGAGAGACAUUCUCAGCCUUCAUUUUCUCAGACGUGUGCUCCAUCUAAUCUACCUGGAUAUGGAACAUCAGCCAUAGUCGCUAUGGAUAGAAGCUCAAAUUUAUCAACUGGAGGAUCUCUUUCUUCUGGGUUACUCCUUUCGCAAUCAAAGGAUGUCAGUAAAGGUUCUGAACGUAGUCUGGAAAGUGUGUUACAAUCAAGCAAGCAGAAGGUCAGUGCCAUUGAAAGUAUGCUCCGAGGACUGCAUGUAUCUGAUAGACAAAAUCCUGCAGCCCUUCGUUCAAGUAGUUUGGAUCUAGGAGUUGACCCUCCAUCGUCUCGUGAUCCUCCUUUCCAUGCUGCUGUUCCAGCAUCCAAUAGUUACACAAGUAGCGCAACUGCUGAAUCAACGCAUAGCAUCAACAAAGGCAGUAAUCGCAAUGGUGGCCUUGGUUUGUCAGAUAUCAUCACCCAAAUUCAAGCUUCAAAGGACUCAGGAAGAUCAUCAUACCGUGGCAAUCUGUUGUCCGAGUCUCAUCCUACCUUUUCAUCCUUGACAGCGAAACGGGUCUCAGACAGAAAUGAGAGAAGUUCUUUUGAGGAAAACAACGAUGCCAGAGAGGCGAGGCGGUUUAUGGCAGGUCAUUUUGACCGACAGCAGAUGGAUACCGCAUAUAGAGAUUUGAAUUUCAGGGAAUCAAACGCUAGCCAUGUUCCCAAUUUCCAGAGGCCACUUUUGAGGAAGAAUGUUGGGGGAAGAAUGUCCGCUGGCAGGAGGAGGAGUUUUGAUGAUAGCCAAUUGCAAGUUGGUGAUAUGUCAAAUUAUGUUGAUGGUCCAGCUUCUUUGAACGAGGCCCUUAACGACGGACUAAACUCAAGUUCUGAUUGGUGUGCUAGAGUUGCAGCUUUUAAUUUUCUCCAAACUCUCCUGCAACAAGGCCCAAAAGGGGCUCAAGAAGUAAUUCAAAGUUUUGAGAAAGUAAUGAAACUAUUUCUCCGGCAUUUAGAUGAUCCUCACCACAAGGUCGCACAAGCAGCACUGUCGACACUUGCGGAUCUUAUACCAUCUUGCCGAAAGCCUUUUGAGAGCUACAUGGAAAGAGUCCUACCCCAUGUCUUCUCACGGCUAAUCGAUCCUAAAGAGGUAGUUAGACAACCCUGCUCCUCAACCUUGGAAAUUGUCAGCAAAACCUACAGUGUGGAUUCCCUUUUACCUGCGUUGCUUCGUUCACUGGAUGAGCAGAGAUCACCAAAGGCUAAAUUAGCUGUCAUUGAAUUUGCCAUCAACUCCUUCAACAGGUACGCUGGUAACCCUGAAAUUUCGGGUAAUAGUGGCAUCUUGAAGUUGUGGCUGGCGAAGUUGACGCCAUUAACCCGUGACAAAAAUACCAAGUUGAAAGAAGCCUCCAUUACUUGCAUCAUAUCUGUUUACAAUCAUUAUGAUUCUGCGGGACUGCUAAAUUACAUUCUUAGUUUGUCGGUUGAGGAGCAAAACUCUCUGAGAAGAUCACUCAAACAAUAUACUCCCCGCAUCGAGGUGGACCUAUUAAACUAUAUGCAGAGUAAAAAAGAUAAACAGAGAAUAAAGUCUUAUGAUCCAUCUGAUGCCAUUGGGACAUCGUCUGAAGAAGGGUAUGCUGGUGCCUCCAAGAAGAAUAUAUUCCUUGGACGGUAUUCUGGGGGUUCAGUUGAUAGUGAUAGUGGCAGGAAGUGGAGUUCUUCCCAGGAGCCAACAAUGAUCACUGGUGGUGUUGGUCAAAGUGUUUCCAGUGGAACCCAGGAAAAGCUGUAUCAGAACCUCAGAACUGGGAUCAGUUCUGCUAGUGAUCUGUUGAACCCCAAGGAUUCAGAUUACACAUUUGCUUCAGCUGGACAGAAUUUGAUAUCAAGAACGNUUGGGGGAAGAAUGUCCGCUGGCAGGAGGAGGAGUUUUGAUGAUAGCCCUUAACGACGGACUANGAAUCUGACAAGCGUUGAUUCCUUGGAGGGAAGACAUGAAAAUGAGGUCUCUCGCGAAUUAGAUUUAGGUCAGUACAUGCUUGCAUCUAUUAAGGUCAGCCCAACGCUGGAAUCUGGACCUAGCAUUCCUCAGAUUCUACAUUUGAUCAAUGGGAGUGAUGGAAGCCCUUCUUCGAGCAAGAAAUCUGGACUCCAGCAAUUAAUUGAAGCCUCUGUAGCUAACGAGGAAUCAGUUUGGACCAAGUACUUCAAUCAAAUUUUGACGGUUGUUCUUGAAGUGCUCGAUGACGAAGAUUUUUCAAUCAGAGAGCUUGCUCUUUCGCUGAUUUCUGAAAUGCUAAAAAGCCAGAAAGAUGCCAUGGAAGAUUCUGUUGAAAUAGUAAUUGAAAAGCUGCUUCAUGUAUCAAAGGACACUGUUCCAAAAGUUUCUAGUGAAGCUGAGCAAUGUCUGACCACGGUCUUGUCCCAAUACGAUCCUUUCAGAUGUUUAACUGUUAUCGUCCCAUUAUUGGUGACAGAAGAUGAGAAAACUCUCGUCGCUUGCAUAAAUUGUUUAACGAAGCUUGUGGGUAGGCUCUCGCAAGAGGAAUUAAUGGAGCAAUUGCCAUCUUUUUUGCCUGCGGUUUUUGAAGCAUUUGGGAGCCAUAGCGCAGAUGUCCGCAAGACAGUGGUGUUCUGUCUGGUAGACAUAUAUAUAAUGCUUGGGAAAGCAUUUUUGCCGUAUUUGGAAGGUCUAAACAGCACGCAGGUUCGUCUAGUGACCAUCUACGCAAACCGGAUCUCGCAGGCUAGAAACGGUGCCCCUAUCGACGCAGACACCUAACGAGCUGCUUGUAAUCAACGUUCAUAGGGUUUCUCUUGUGUCUUGGGGUCAUUAUUCAUUAUUGUUUAUUUUGUAUAUGGGCGUGUUUCAUUUUUUUGGGUGUAAUUUUGCAAAUUGGUUUUUUUUUCCCAAUGUUACGGUGUUGUGUGGUUUAUUUUGCUUUGUAUUGGUUUAUUAUCUCCUAAAUUUUAUAAAACUUUGCAUCUGAUUGUUA